GGCCUUUUUUUUCUUUUCCUUCUUUUCUCCUCAGCGUGUCUCACACGCUUGAGUUUUGGAAGCUUGAGGAAGUAAGCUCAUGAAUUGAGCUUUGACUUAUGUGACAAGAGGGCUGAACCCCCUAGGUGCCAUGCACCCAACACAUUGUAAUCUUCAUUACAUCAAAAUCAAAUGGAGAUAAUUUGUUUAUUUCCAAAUCUCACUCUCUCCCUCCGUCUGUGACUCUCUCUCUCUCUCUCAGAUCAACACGGCGGAGGUUUCCAAGAACUUCGAUUCCGUCAAGUUCGGUCUGAUUCACAUCAGCCGAGUGGUUUCUCUCUUAGAGCUCCGACUUGUUGAGAACAAUUUAUGGCAGCAGCAGUGGUUGGAGGGGCUGUUCUUGGGGCAGCACUUGGAGCGAGCUUUGCGGAUUUACAUGACACAGUUAGGGAUGUGUUAUACAAAGCCAAGAACUUCAAACCCAUUCUUACACGCCUCAAAUCCACGUUAGAUCGUUUGGAGCCUAUAAUGAUAUAUGCAAAACAAUUUGAUUGCCCAAAAGGGGAAGAAACAUGGGGCUUGAUCCAACAAAUGAAAAUGGGUGAGAACCUGGUUCGCAAUUUCUUGAAAAUCCGGUGGUGGAAAUUCUAUCUCAAAUUCUUAUACUGUCGCAGACUUGAAAAGUUGGACAACAGUAUCGUCAGGUUCUUUCUGGUUGAUUUGCAUAUAGUGCCGACUAUAGGGACGCAAAUAUGGAAGACGGUGCAAAUGCAUUGUCCUGAUUUCAAAUUGAAAGUGCAAAGUAUUUGUCCUGGAGCAGCCACACCUUCACCGUUUGCUCCCACUCCCCAGCCUUUUGCUGAAAUAUUGGUGUCAUUAGGUAUAGAUAGCCAAUGGCAAAAAGAAAAACUUCUUGGGCGCGGUUCAUUUGGAAGUGUUUACUUGGCCACCAAAUGGAAUACUCGAGUUUCAUGUGCAAUAAAGGAAGUUAGAAUAUUUCCUGAUGACGAAAGAUCUGCAGUCUCUAUAAAGCAGUUAUGGCAGGAAAUCAAACUUCUCAGCGAGCUAAAGCAUCCAAAUAUUGUGCAAUAUUAUGGCAGCGAAAUAGUUGAUAGCUGGUUUCGUAUAUAUCUGGAGUAUGUUCCUAGAGGUUCAAUCAAAAAAUAUAUUAAGGAUAAUGGAGCCAUACCAGAAUCUGAUAUUCGCCGGUUUACUACCCAUAUUCUCUCUGGGUUGGAUUACUUGCAUAGCAAUAAUAUAGUUCACAGGGACAUCAAAGGGGCUAAUUUGCUCAUUGAUUCAUCUGGAGUUGUCAGGCUUGCUGAUUUUGGGACGGCUAAAUGUCUUGCUCUACACGCAGACCCAGCUAAGCUUUAUUUUAUUGGAACUGCACACUGGACGGCUCCAGAGCUCGUGCAUGGUUUGGAGCCUUCCAGCCCUAAUGCUGUUCUUGCCAUAGAUAUUUGGAGUGUAGGUUGUACUGUUCUUGAAAUGUUAACUGGAAGACUUCCCUGGGGUGAUCUUGAACCGGUAGCAGUCAUUUACAGGUUAGGUAAAGGGAUGACCCCUCCUAUACCUGAAACAUUGUCACCUGUGGGCAAGGAAUUUUUGAGUCUCUGCCUUAAGAUAAAUCCUGCAGAUAGGCCAUCUGCUACAAGCUUACUAGAACAUCCCUUCGUGAAGAACUCGGAGCAGCUGGAUGGCAACUGAGCAUUUAAUGGGAAGAACCUGACGAUAAAUAUAAUUGUCAUGCCAUUUAUUGUUGCUAAAUUGUUGUUUUUAUUAUAGUUUGUCUUACAUUGUUAGGAUAAACCACAUAGACCAAAAGAACAUUCUGAACUUUUCAAAAAAAUAAAUAAAUAAAUAACAUUCUGAAAAUAAUCAUGAUCAUCCCAGCCCUUCUGGAGAAAGGGAAAAACUACUGGCUUUUUGUCAUGGGCUGUGUUGAUAUGCAGCUGUUGAAAUUGGAUUAUAGACUUCACAGAUGCUAUAGUAUGUGACUUGCAGCCAUAGGGUGUUGUGAUAGUAGAUUAAUUGCCUCGUUUUUUUUUUAUCAUUGAAAGCUCUGAAGUUAGAAAAGCUUCUUCAUUCUGGAAGUUAAUUCUGCAUGGGAAUUUAGAAGCAGUUUUGCAUACUACUCAUUUAGAGCUUCAGAUAUCACGGUUACUUAACCAUACUUUCUGAUGCUAAUACUUUUACCUCCAUGUACAAUUGGAGUCAAUAAAUGAAUUUGUAGAUAUUGGAUGUUGAAAUUAUUGAUCUAUCUUAUCCUCUCAUUUUAACUA